CACUUCUUGAUUUAUCUAAUCGAAACCUGGAUUAGUUGAAGCCCAAGUUUUUGGGAAGCGGACUAGCCUGGUCUGGGUUGCAAUAAUGGUUGUCGAGACCGCACCAGUCUACUCAAUGCGGACGCAACUCGCGAUCAAGGCAUGACAUAAGCACACAAUUCUGUCUCGCACGUCAAUUUCUUGUCCGGGACGCGUCUUUUGGCCCUCUACUUUGCCCAGGACUACUUCGCUCGCCCGAAUUCGCAUGCCGCUCGACUUCUCGACGUUCUUGACGCAAAUCAAUGACGCACUGAACAACGAGAAUGGCCCCAAUCUAGCCUACCUACUCCACCCGGGUAGUCCACAUGGCAAGGACCUCGUGAAGAGUUUCAGGUCACCCAGUGCCGCGUCGCUCGCGCAUUACAAGGGGAGCAUCGUCAGUCCCUGGGACGACAUCGCCAUUCAAUAUGUCCUGACCUGCUCGCACAUCGCGCGAGACAGAAGGGUGGACGCGUUUAAGGAGCAUUCUCAGCUCGUUUCGUGAGUGUCAACCUAACGUAGGCGAUGGCUUCCCUCAUCUCGCUGUCGCCAGUCACUUUUUCCGCUUCUUCACAGAAAACCGGGGAUGGACACUUCCGGCCUUGUUCUCGAUCCUUCGGGACGUCCGAGAUACCGCCUACGAUGUAUGCACGGAAACGAGAUCCUUCACUGUGCCACGCUGAAUCUCGUAGGCGGACUGGUAUGCGAGAGUGCAUAACCAGAACGGCGAGUGUUUGGAAGAAGCUGCUCGAACGGUGGCAAAGGCAUUCUCGAAUUGCGUGGUGGAUAGGAUGUCACCUCCCGAAGAAUCGAGGAAAUGGGGCGUUUAUUAUGUCGCUGGGCUUGCGAUGAAGUGUUACUUCAGAGUUAAACAUAUCUCGCUCACGAAAAACAUCAUCAAAGCACUCAAUAACACACCCGACAUCCCUCCGCUGCAGAGGUAUCCACGUUCUCAUCAGGUGACAUAUCGAUACUUUCUAGGCAUGCUGGGCUUCUUGAAUGAGGAAUACGCGGAAGCAGAGAGAGAAUUGACCUUUGCGUUCUACAACUGUGCCAUUGAGGCUCCAGAGAAUCAGACGCGAAUCCUGGCAUAUCUCAUUCCUCUUCGGAUUCUUCGCGGGCACUUGCCAUCGGACGUGCUCCUUCAACGGUUCCCGGUUCUUGCCGACAUCUUUUCGCCAUUCAUAUCAGCAAUCCGCGCGUCAGACAUCUCAGCAUUCGAUCGUGCACUCGAGCUGCGAGAGACUCGUCUGAUUGAGCUGAAUUUGCUCCUUGCACUGGAAAGAGCGCGGGAGCUAUGUGUCAGAGGGCUGUUCCGCAAAGCAUGGAUUGUAUCGGAAAAGAGCACGCGGAUGCCUAUCGCACUGUUUCACUCGGCAUUGGAGGUCUCCGGAAUCACGGUGGACGUUGAGGAAGCGGAAUGCCUUGUUGCAAACAUGAUAUAUAAAGGGUACAUGAGGGGGUACAUCAGUCACGAGAAGCAGAUGGUAGUCCUGGCUGCUGCCAAUGCUUUCCCCUCUGUCGCAGAGCGUCCUUCCCCCUACAAUGCAUUAUGACUUGCAUGCCCUCAUACCACGGUAUAUCUCCUUGGUGGCCUGCGCUGUCAAACAACCCUCGAACAAUGAAUAUGCAAGUUUCGAGGGUAGGGGAGUGCAGACGAGAGGGGCUCGAGCCCUAGGAAAAUGCGGAUGGGGGAGAGGUUCGAAGGCAAGUCUUUUUUUACCGCCAGCCUCCCACCGUGCGCAUGCAAACUCGAAAUCCUGCACUGGGUAAUCACCAAAUUGGCUUCAGGAAGCUCGUCACACGUAGUCGCUUUAAUCGUGCUGCGCAUACAGCCCAUUGGUCAUUUGCGCCGACCUGGCCCUACGCCACGCAGUCAGCGGGUACAAUCCCUCGCUGCUACAUUCUGGUACUUAUCUCCCGUAUGAUGGAUCACCCGGCAAGUUGGCCACCGGCAAGCGCAUGCGCUCGUGGGAUAAUCUGCCAUCUCCUCACCUUACGCCAAUGCAGACGGACGCGAAAUCGCACUUUGACCAGCUCCCGGGCGCGCAUGGACCGUCGCCACGCAAGGCGCGAUCUGGAUGGGGCAGCUUGGCUGCCGUGGCGAUCGUCGGGUCCAUUGUCUUGUGGUGCAAGCCAAGCAGCCUGCUGGUGCUGCACGCGCACCCAUCUGCAGUGCACCCACACUCUACUCCUCUCGCCCAGUGCCCGCAAGCCCAGCCCCUGGUUCCAACAACGCAUACCGACCUGUGGACGACACUCACCGCACUGCACCACACCGACGCGUUCCAAAUGCGGGCCGUUCAAGGACUAGGGGCGGCCGUGCGGAUUCCGACGGAAACAUUUGACGCGAUGGGCCCAGUGGGUGAGGAUCCAAGAUGGUUGUCUCGCGCGCCUUUCUCGGGCCAUCUCGAAGCGGCAUACCCAAAGGCACACGCGACACUCUCACUGCAGCGAGUGAAUACUUAUGGAUUGGUGUACACCUGGACGGGUUCGGACCCGAGUUUGAAGCCGUUGCUGCUUAUGGGACAUUAUGAUGUCGUCCCGGUUGCUCCAUUGAGUGUCGAUCAGUGGACGCACCCAGCAUACUCAGGCUACUUCGACGGUGAAUCUGUCUGGGGCAGGGGUAGCUCGGACGACAAGAGCGGCGUCAUCGGCAUCAUGACCACUAUAGAGACGUUGCUCGAGCAUGGUUUCGUGCCUAGACGUUCGAUCGUGCUCUCUUUUGGCUUUGACGAGGAGGCCGGCGGUAUCCAUGGAGCAGGCCAUCUUGGCCCGGCUUUGCUCGAGCUCUACGGCCCGGAUUCUUUUGCGAUGAUCGUCGAUGAAGGGUCCGGCUUCAGCGACCAGUAUGGUGCCAUAUUUGCUGUUCCCGGGGUCGCCGAGAAGGGCUCCAUCACUGUUGAACUGGAAGUGAAAACCCCUGGUGGUCAUUCGAGUGUGCCACCUGAACACACGAGCAUCGGCGUCCUCGCUGCGCUCAUCGUCGAAUUGGAAAACAAUCCACCUCCGGCCAAGUUUGAGACGGACAGCACGUUCUUCCAGAUGACGGCGUGCUAUGCUUCCCACGGACCCGACAUCGACACCGACUUGCGAGCAGCGAUAUUGGCGUCACCCAGCAAUGAGUCCGCCCGUGCAGAAGCGGAACGGAUCCUGUCCAAGAACAAAACUUUCCGGUCGCUAUUUGGGACAACGCAAGCGGUGGAUAUCGUGAGCGGAGGUGUGAAAAGCAAUGCCCUACCCGAGCAGGCUGUCGCUUAUAUCAACCACCGCAUUUCAACGAAAAGCUCUGUCGCCGAAACCGUCGACAGAGACCGUACUAUCCUUGCUCCGGUGAUCGAGAAGUACGAUCUGGGCGGGGGUUCGGUCGAGCUUCGAUCCCCUGGGGGUCUUGAGCCCGCGCCAAUUACACCCUCUGACGGUGCAGCUUUCGAACUGCUCUCAGGAACCAUUCGAGCCGCCUUUCUCAAAUGGCAUGAUGGCGAGAUCUACGUCGCGCCCGGGAUGAUGACGGGGAAUACCGAUACGCGGUUCUAUUGGGAUCUUUCGAAACACAUUUUCCGGUAUGGGCAUAACAAUGGUAUUGGAAAGGGCGAUAAUGGGAUGGGAGGCAUUCACACUGUGAAUGAACAUAUGUCUGCCUCUGCCUUCAUUGAGAUGAUAACAUUCUUCACCACGCUGGUUCUCAAUCUUGACGAGGCAGCGUUAUGAUUCAUUUAGUGACCGCUCUUCUACAUAUGAAAUAGUAAUAGUACAUAGGCUACACCCCCCCCUGCAGCCUUCCCUCUUGUUUAGGCCGCCCAAGGCCACUAAAAAAUCUGGAAAAAUGCGCAAAUAGUUGCUAGGGUCCUGGGUAAGAUGGCGCAUACUGGCGUCCCCACUCCGGCCAAUGGUGCAUAUCCCAUAUCGAAAUCCGUGGAGGGUCUCAAAAUGAUCACUUCCCAUCAGAGCUUUUGAUGGGACGGGGACGCAGAAUGUAGUCUACACAACAUUUGUGUUUUUAUUACAUGGG